CUGAGUGUGGAAAAACGCGGAAGCGACAGGCGGAAGGAGCCUCGGCGGAAGCGGUUCGGUCUGUCAAGGGAGGAAAAAAUUGACACAAAGAGGUUAAUCCCACCAAAACAGCACCGAACAUCCCCCCUUUUUCCUUCUGACACCGGCGUCCGCUGCGAUGAUCCUGUUAGAAAUCAACAACCGCAUCAUAGAGGAGACGCUGGCGUUGAAGUUUGACGGAGCUUCAAAUGGGUGAGAAAAUCAUCGGUACACCUAGCUAACCAUGCUAACGCCAGCUAGCCUCCCCUGGAGCCUCUCAAUGAAGCUGCACACGUUCAAUUCCACUAAAAAGGCUUUCUACACAAUUUGGACCAGUUUGCACCAUUGCUCGUGUCAGAUAGAUGCCCUUAUUUGCUGUAAAAUGAUAAAUUAAGAACGCUGAAUCGGUGUGCUGCUACACUAGGACUGGUCCGCCUGAAGCUGGGGUGUGUCUGCACGGUCACUACAUGACUGAGUUUAUGACUCAAAUCAGGUUAAAUCAUGUUUUUGGUCCCCUAAAAUCCACAAAAGGAGAAUACUAAUGAUAUUUAAGUUAUUAUGCAGCCGCAAACCUGACAUAUUAAAUCAAAUAAUCCGUAAUUUGAGGUUGCAUCGUAUCACACUGAGCUGGCCGACCGUCGUAAUAAUCUUUAUUAUUUAUCAUUCAUCCUCAAAAUUAAUUGUACAAUUUAUUUUUAUUACUCAAGCAAUUUUUCUCAAUUUUUAAUUUGCAUUUCUUUUUUAUUUCCCUGCUUUUUAUUUUUAAUUUUACAUCGCUUUUUUCGCAGUCAUCGAAUACGCUGACGCCUGACGUCACCACGUAAAAUUUUUAAUUAAUCGCUCCAACGGUCCAUUUUUACACAUUUUAUAGGGUUUAUUCCGCUUAACAACACACAAACACAGCAGAUGUGGUUAUACUCUCCUUAAAUUCGCGUUUUUACUGAGUUACGGCUGUUUUAUGAGGUGUCCAAACCCAGCUGUCUCCUCUCUGCUUCCGCAUUCUUGUCGUCGAGCUGAGUCAAGUCUGUGCAGAGGCAGCAGCUUCUUCAAACAUGCAGAGUAUGUAAGAAAGGAGACACCGUUAUGCUGGUUUUAGUGUGGAGGCAAAGAAAAGAGGGAGCCCUGCAAGAUUAAUAGAUGAAAUGAAGACAGUUUGGGUAUGAAAAUAGGCAAAAAUUACACUUAAGUGGAGAGUAAGUACUAUUUAGUCAUAGGCAGCUUUUCAGUUCCCUGUUCACUUUCAUUACCCCACAUCCAGGACUUUCACUUACUGUAAAGUCUGUAAUUAUUUCCAGAUAAAUAAUUCACCUUUAGGUCUGUAAAAGGUCAGUGUAUUAUCCGUCCAUUCAAUAAUUUCAUUCAAUCUAGUAAAAGAAAACUAAAAAAACGAGUCAAUAUUGUGUUUAUUUGCUUUUCUAUAAAAGGGUCAAUGACGCAUAAGGUUUUUCAACAUGCCAAUUUUAAAAUAGCAAAAAUAAGAAUGUAUUUUGCAAAAAUUCAAACACUUAGGGUGUUGUUUAUACAAAAUUAAUGUUACAUUUUUAAAUUACACAAUUUUAGUGUGUUUUCAUAUAGAUGAAUUGCAUGUGGGAAAUGGGGGACAUCGAUAACCCAAAAACGAAAAGUAGAUUUAUUAUUUUGUUUUUGUUUCCUUCUCUAUUAUAUAUUCUGUUUUGAGCUGAAAAUACAAAAACAAACACUAACCUCUUAUUUUCUGGUUAUUUUUAGUUUUUGUUUAACAAGAUAUUGACUCGUUUUUUUGUUUUUUCGUUUACUAGAUUGAAUGGAAUAACUGAAUGGACGGAUAAUACACCGUCUGUAAACUAUCGAAAGAUUUCUUUUUUCAUUUUAAAUAAAUAUGACUUUGUAGCAUGGCAACAGUGAAGGAGGUUUCUGGAUUGCAUCAAGACAAAGAAGCUGAAUUGAAACAUUUUAGACAGAGGCUGAAAUGAGGGUUGAAAUAUACUGGUCUAAAACAUUUAAAACGACCACAAAGCCAUCAGAAGCACAUAAUACAGCUUUACAGUUAGCUUUACAAUUAAAUAUAUUGAAUUUGUUUGGAUUUAUUUUUAAAAUUUCACCACGAAAAGCUGCAAAUUCCUCCAAAAUUAAGACGCUAGGACCAGGAACUCCUCUGCUUAUUGUGAUAUUAGUGUUUGUAUAUGAUUUUGAUGCUCAUAUGAGAAGGAGUUUUGACUCCAACUCACAAUAUUGUCUUAUCUUGACUGUUUUCUGUAUGUCUAAUGAAUCUUCCAACUCUGAUUUGUCUUUACAGAACCAAGCCAGAAGCUGUCGAUGUGACGUUUGCAGGUAAGAAAACCAGCUUCGAGUUAACGUCAUGAAUGUAAAUGUCCUUUUUUGGGUGCAGUCGCAAAGCUGCUGCUUUUGAUUCGGGGGAAGGAAGUCAAGAUUUUACACUCUAAAUAAGUUAUGGGCUAUUUUUGGAGACAGAUUUUUCAGCUGUGUCUGCUUCUACAUGUGUUACUGUUACGUAAUCAGCCUGCUGUGCACACUAAGCCCUGCCAGUCAUCUCUGCACAAUGAUGGAGUAUGCACCAGAAGUCUUUAAAACUCAGGCUUCAAUGUUGCUCGUCUCCCGCUGCAGAUUUCGAUGGCGUCUUGUACCACAUCUCCAACCCCAAUGGGGACAAGACCAAAGUGAUGGUCAGCAUCUCGCUGAAGUUCUACAAGGAGCUGCAGGAGCAUGGAGCUGACGAGGUAGGGCAUAAAAAAAGCUUCCUUAUACCUGUCCGGACAGAAACGGGGGCCUCACAGACAUAAAUUUAAAUCCCAGCUUCACAUUCCUCGACGUAUGCGUACACACCUUAAACACUCUUUUUACGCAGAACAGGAGAUCUGCUUCUUCAGGAGUCUGAAAUUCGGCUCUUGUUAUUCCAGAGCGGAUAUGUUUGUCUUCGAGGUCUUUAAGUUGAGUUUUAGAGUUUACAGUUUUAGUUUUAUUCAUGCACUUUUCCCUAAAAGCUUCACACAUCAUCCUUUUUGUGGUUUUUUAUGCAUAUCAGGGCUUGACACAAACUUUUUUCACAAGGAGCACAUGUUGAAAAAGUAAGAACUUUAGAGGCACAAUGAAAAUUGAUCCAAUAAUGUUUGUCUUAUUGGUCGCCAUAGGUACUACUAUUUCAAAACAAUCAAUCAAACUUUAUUUAUAAAGCGCUUUUCCUACAGGAAUGUGACUCAAAGUGCUCUACAGUCUUGUUAAAAACAAAAACAAAAAACUAUCCCACAUGCCCCCUUACCACCCCACCCCACCCCCCACCUACACACACAUAUCGAGGCUAACUAGAUGAAUGAAAAUAAAACAAAUAAAUAUCAAUUAAAAGUAGUGCUGCAACUAGCAAUUAUUUUUUUGUCAACUAAUCUAUUGACUAGUCGUCUGAUUAAUCACUAUCUUCUUUAUUUAUAAACACCUAUUUCCGGGGUGUCGGCGUUUCAGGUGCUCAUGCAUCGCCGUGGUGCUGCCAUGGUAGGAAAGCUGAGCUUUGAUCAACGUGUUUUUUUGGUUUGUUCUCCGUAAAAUGUUCCCAAACUUUUGAAGUUUUGGGUCGGAGUUUUGGAGCGUCUUUUUCAGUUUGUUCUGCCAUAAUGUGUGCACUCUUCUUCUGUGUUUGCUCGCGGGAUGUAAACAGCGAGCGCUACUGCCCCCAGCACAUCCUGUAGUGCACUGCAGUUAUAGAUGAGCAUGAGGCGCCGGCAUGUGAUUCUUAACAACAAUAACACGCCACGUCGAAGCUUCGUUUUCAUGUCGCUGAAUUUGUCGUGUCGACGUAAUCGAUUACGUCGACUAAUCGUUGCAGCCUGAAAUUAAAAGCGAAGCUAAAAAAGUGGGUCUUGAGCCUGCUCUUAAAAACAUGAAAUCAAUUUUAAGUCUUUUGGUCACAUGACAUGGAAUCUAUUUAAGGAAAACAGCCUUUUUUGAGAACAUCAACCGGUAAUUUAUUGAAGGUCCCUUAUUCAACACCUGACGUUGACAGCGAGGGUGCUGAGUAGAUUUAACCGCGCUGCUGCUGUUACCCGGUUAUGGAGAGUGAGAAGACUCCGGAGGAUCUGCAGUACUGUAUUUUUCGCACUAUAAGGCGCACUUCAAAUCCUUGAAUUCUCUCAAAAAUCCUCAGUGCGCCUUAUGUACUAAUCCUGGUUGUGCUUACUGACCUCGAACCGAUUUUAUGUGGUACAAAAAGCCGUGAAAAUGUUUUAUUACGACUUCGGUAAACUAUGAAGCCGCACAGCCAGAUGGCUUGUCGGAGCACUGCAGCUACCGUAACCUGGCGGAGUUAUUGAAUGAGUUAAAUAAAUGCGUUUUUCCCUCUUUGUGUUUUUUAUGCAUAUCUUAAAAUUUGAAGCUCUUUUUUUUUUUGCGAAGAAACACAGGUGCAACAAUAAAAACCUCACUGCAGAUGAAUCCAGGAAAAGAGCAGAAGUGAAUGAGCCUCUGAUUACCAUCUAAACACAAACACACCUCCACCAAUAGAGCUCCGUUGCCAUGUAAGGAAGAAAGCAGCUGCCGAGGCUUCUGCUCGAAACAGGAAGUGAGCGUGAGUGAGUCACCCCAGGCGAGGAAGUGCUGACUGUGAGGAGUAGCCGCUGCGUUUGUGUGUGAGAGAGGACGUCUUGGCCGGCGUCCAGAUCCGCUCAACUUCCCCUCUUGUUCUCCUACGCUGAAAAGCGGAGGGGGUGGAUGAAUGGAUCGGCAGUGUCACAGUCAGUCAUUCAGCCUGUGAAACGUCCGUUUAGAGCGCUCUGUUGGCGCUCGUUCUCUUUCACACUGACGUUCUUUUUGAUCAAAUUCAGCACAGAUUAGAAAACCAGUCUUUCUUCUUGACUUUUGCUGGACUUCAGAGUGUCGUUCAUUCUCCUACCACCUCACUUCAUUCCACAGUGACAGGUAUCAAUUAAAGAGGCCCCCGCGCUGAGAUUCGAACCUCUCAAUAACACACACACACGCUCACACACACCUCCUCUCCUUUCCUGUCUUUUGUCGUGCUGCGAGUUUGUUUAGCCGUCUGGCUCCGCUUUUAUUAGUGUUGACAUUUCUGCUGCUUUCUUCCCAUCUCUUAAACCACCUGCUUUGUCUCCGAAGGAUUCCCCCACAGGCUAUGAAACCGAGGAGCAUGUAGCUUUUUGAUAACUAAAGGCUGGCCUUGAAAGUGCCUGUUAGAAAAAUGAUCGAGUCUCUCGGGAAGUGUGGGAACCUCUUCUCCGCUCACAGAUCAAAAUAUCCCCAAACUCACGUGCUUUAUCGAUUUCUUUGACAAGCUUUUAAACCCCUGUUUCUUCUUCAAGAUCCAUUUUCUCAUCAGGUUUCCUCUUAGAGUUCGAGUUGUUGCCGUCUGUGUUGUGGUUUUUCUCUGAAGCCCUUUUUUAAAAAAUGUAAUUAAAGCAGCGUGACACAAAUAAGAGUUCUCUUUUUUUAAUUUCAGCUGCUCAAGAGGGUCUAUGGGAACUUCCUGGUUUCACCAGAGUCUGGUAAGUCCUUAAAAAGGUCACUCUCCUUCCUGUAAAGUACUGUACUGUGUAUGAACACCUUUAACAAAAACAAUGUUCAGUUUUUUAAGUGCUUAGUAUCCACUGAUUUCCAGGUCAAGAGUUGUUGUAAAUGCUUUUUAAAAAAUUGUAUUCGUUGUUUAAUUAAACGUGGCUGAUUAAAGCUCCUGUAAGUAAUUUUUAGGUAUUUAUGAAACAAAGUAAAAUUGAUGUUGAUGCUUUUUUUAUGACUUAAAAAAAGCAAAUGAGACUAUCAGUUACAGUAUUGAUCAUUUCUAAUUGAGUGUUUAUAAUGUUUAAUAUUGCUGGCGGAGGUGGUGGGUGUCAGUGAAGCUGUUUAUCCUCAUUCUCACAAAAAAUAAUGGGGGACACUUCAUGUUUGUGGUAUUUUUGAAGUAAAAAUUUAAAAAAACGUAGAAAUGAAAAUGUUCAAAUACAAAGAGAUUAAGGUUUCUGCUCUGCGUCAAAAUCAAAACAAACAGGAAGUUCCUCACUGGAGCUUUAAAGGUUGUUGUCUCGCUGUAAAACAGGAUGUAACUAUAACUCAAACAUACAAAGUCCAAAAUGCCUCAAAUUUUAUAUUUAAGGUUAAAAUCUCAGCUACAUGUGAUGUUAAACUCGAUUUUUCACUCUUUGUAAUCGACUUGUUUUCCUUCCAGGCUAUAACGUGUCCCUCCUCUACGACCUGGACGCUCUACCAGCCAACAAAGACGAGGUGGUCCACCAGGCGGGUAUGCUCAAGAGGAACUGCUUCGCCUCUGUGUUCGAAAAGUACUUCAAGUUCCAGGAGGAGGGCAAAGAGGGCGAGAAGAGGGCCGUGGUCCACUACAGAGACGACGAGUCCAUGUACGUGGGAACACGGAUGCGUCUCCUUUCUGUGACGCUCACUAAGCUUGAAAUCAUUCGUACUCUGUUGUCUGUUUGGGACCUUUGUUUUGCAGGAGGAUUACUCUGUCAGUCCCGGUUCCUUUGGGGGUCUUUAACCUUUGACUCGUCGUGUGUUUUCAGGUAUUUGGAGGCCAAGAAAGACAGAGUGACGGUGGUGUUCAGCACAGUCUUCAAAGACGACGACGACGUUAUCAUCGGCAAAGUCUUCAUGCAGGUACGUGAGGUUGACAGCUGAUGAAAGACGGACAUGUGGUGUGACAGACAUUUACUUUGACUCGAUGGCGUUCAUCCCUCUUUGUUGUUUCUCUCGCUAUUACUGCGCAAUAGAAAUAGUUAUUGUAUGGCGUGAAACCACAAAACUACCAGUUAGGGUCUUUGAGAAAUUUGUUAGCAUUCCCAAAUGUGUGAAUUACAGGUUGAGGACUUUCUGAAUGUUUGACUGACAUGUUGUUUACCUAAUUAGUCUCUCUGGUUGUAUUUCUCUCAACAUUGAACUGAAAAUAAUUAAAGAAGAGCGGCUCACUCACUGAAAACCGGUUCUGUUUUUGUGCUUUCUGUGUUUAAAGGAGUUCAAAGAGGGUCGGCGAGCCAGCCACACAGCCCCCCAGGUGCUCUUCAGCCACAGGGAGCCGCCCCUGGAGCUGAAGGACACAGACGCUGCCGUCGGGGACAAUAUCGGAUACAUCACCUUCGGUUGGUACCAUGAAAACAUUCGCUGAAACUUUUGUUUCAAAUUGAUCCUCAUGUUGUUGUUGUUGUUGUUUUCAGUGUUGUUUCCACGUCACACCAAUGCCAAUGCCAGAGACAACACCAUCAACCUCAUCCACACCUUCAGGGACUACCUGCACUACCACAUAAAGUGCUCCAAGGUCAGUCCAGCUCACCCGAACGCCGUCGCAAACUUUUAACUGUUGAUAGAAAUGAUCAUUGAGGAAACUCAGGCUGUAAACACACCAUAAAGCCUCCUCUGUAAUCGUCGAGGGUUUGUUGAUCACAUCAAACGAAGGUCUCCACCUGACGACAAGCUCGCCCUGCCACUCUCAGUGUGUGGGCGCAAGCGUACACAUUACUCACAAUUUGAGACAUACUUUGAAUGGUUCCUCUAAUGGACUCUUCUCAACUGUAAGCCCUAAUCAGAGCCAUUUUUUACAUGACUGACAUUUCAGAGGCUCCGUGUGGUUUUGCAAGCUGCUGCUGCUGAUGCAAAUAAUGGAAGUGGAUGUUUUGGCAUCAGACAGCAGGGAGUCUGUGUGGGCGACACAGCCAGUGGGUGGAUUUAUGGGCAGCUGACAGACUAACAGGAGAUUAUACAGUACUCACUUUCGUCCCCGUCUGUGGUUAAAAUGCCGCACAUGUCACAAAUGCUGACCACUCGGUUUUCAAAAUAAGGAAAAAUCUGAAAAAUGUCGACACUUGCACCUGUAACAAAAAAAACAACCUCAUUAUCGAGUUUGUUUAGAUUUGUUCCAGAUUAUUUGGGGGCUUAUGUAAGCGUUUUUAAACUGUGUUUAUUGCACAAGAUCUCCCCCACACAUUGAGUUUUCUCUCCUGCAGGCCUACAUUCACACACGUAUGAGGGCCAAGACGUCAGACUUCCUCAAGGUGCUGAACCGGGCUCGACCUGACGCCGAGAAGAAGGAGAUGAAGACCAUCUCGUACGUAGCCUCCUCUUGUUAACUCAGACUUUUUUAAUCAUAUCAGGUCAAUUUAAAAUCAAAUUAAGAGUAAAACCCCAAAAUAAGACAUUUCAACAACAACAACUACAAGAGGCUGCUAGCUGAGCUGCCUCUAAAUUUAACUGAACUGUUUUGAUUUUAUGAUAACUGAAGAUGAAGACUUUAAAGGGUUAAUUAUGUCUUACUAAUGUGGGACGUUAACACCAGUUAGUUAGUGUUUUUGAUAAUGGCAUAUUUUGGGUGAGGGGGCUGCAAGCUGAACUGUAGCUAAAGUUAAUAUAAUAAUAAUAUAGUCAAGAGAGUAUAGUCAAGCCUGUCAAAAAUGUGAAAUGAGCAGUUUCAGUGCAAUGGAAGCGUUUCUGCUGAAAACACAUUCAGGAGGCUGCUAGCUGAGCUGCCACGAAACGUAACUGAACUCUUUUGAUUCUAUGAUAACUGAAGAUGAAGAUCAUUAAGGGCUAAAUAUGUCUUUCUAAUGUGGGAUGGUUAAAAUCAGUCAGUAAAUGUUAAAUAAGCAGCCUCAGGUGUAAAAACACACAGUAUUUUGAUAAUGGCAUAUACAGGGGGGGCAGCAAGCUGAGCUGUAGCUUAAGUUAAUACCAUAAUAAUAUAGUCAAGAGAGUUAAAGCCUGUUAAAAAUGUGAAAUGAGUAGUUUUGGUGCAAUGGGAGGGUUUCUCCUGAAAACGCACACUCAGGAGGCUGCUAGCUGAGCUGCGAUCCAGAAGAUGCUCAACUUUUUCAUGAUGACUUCAGAUCUAGAAACUCAAGAGUGUGUAAUAUUAUCAUAAUAAUGACACAUUCAACACAGUAAACGUUAAAUUAGCAGUUUCAAAUGCAAUGGAAGGGCUUCUCCCCAAUUUUGGCAGCAGAAUCGGCACAUCCUUGGGUCUGCCAGCUGAUCUGCCCCCUAAAAGAAGCUCAACUUUUUGGAUUGAGAUAUUCAAGGGUGAACAAACUUCUUACUCAAGUUAUAUAAACCGUUUCAGAUGCCAAAAAAGAAAAAAAAUGCUCCUCCUGACUUUUCUGCAGAAACCUAACAUUAAGGGAGCUGCCUGCUGAGCUGCCCCCCAGGGUUACUCUCCUAUUUUGAGGGGAUUUAACAUCUAAUAAUUCCAAGUCUUUGGAUUGUUCCACAUUUUUUUCUUGUGAUUUUUUUUGACGUUAGGUUUUCUGUUUUGAGUGACACCAACUGACUGCUUGUACGCCGAUUACUCAAUCUUAAAAUUGAGCUCAUCUGUCGUUAAGUUUUCUCACGGAUACUUGAAACGAAACUUCUUUAUCAAACAGACGUGUUUGUUCUGCUGGUGAAACUGGCAGACUGGUAUGAGAGCAGAUUAUGUUUAUUGAUUCACAGGAAAAAAUCCUCUUUAUUAUUGUUGGUGAUACAAAUUUUACAAUGAUCCAUAUCUACGUUGUUUUAGAGUCAAGCCUCAUUGAGUACAUCAUCUAUCUUCUAAGCCUUCUCUUCUGCAAUUCAACUCCACUCUUGAUAAAACUUGAAUGAUUAAAGCAGAUGGAAGAUGAAGAUAAGAUUAAAUAUCUGAAAGGUCUCUCUGAUAGGAUUAUUUCCUUAUUUCGGUGUAAGCAGUCUGCACCUGUGUAUGCUUUAGUGGUUUCGAGGUGUGUGGUUAUGUUUGACUGUUUUUGCAGUGUUUGUAGUGAGUCAGGGAGGAAUUUUUACAGCCUUCAGCUUUUUUAAAACCCCUGAACGGUUGCACAUGCAGUUUUUUUUUUAGGUCUGGGAUAAUGGGAAAAUAUGAGCCAUCAGACGACAGAGAGUCUUUGUUCUGUGGUUAAUGUGUAUGUGGAGGCCCACAGGAGCUGCCGCCCUGAGAAUUUUUGAGGAACUCACAUUGUUAACGACUUAAAACACACAUAUGAGUCAAAGAGAGACAUCAGGUGGAUUAAAGUAUGAAAACCAGUUGUUGUUUUUUCUUCAACGUGUCUUUGUUGGAUUCAUUUUAGUGGAAAGACCUUCUCACGCUGAGGCUGGAUCCAAACUCCCCCAGAGGACACGCCCAAACGCGCUACACUGAGACUCAAACGCCACAUCGGACAGGACUCGAGGACGCAUCAAAACGCCCCCCUUCGCCCCCGCCCAAACCCCAAAAACCGUGUCCAGUCUUUUCUUCUUUUUUUUUUUUUAAACGAAUAAUAAUGUUGGCUCUACGUAGGAAAAGCCGCGGUUCAAGAAAAAUGGAAAAAAGGGCAUUCCUUGCUUUGCAUAGUUAAAGAGAAUUAUUAGUCCUAUAUAAAUAUAUAUAUGAAAAAUUGAAAUUUUUGAUACGAUAUCUUUUACUCCAUUUGGUACUCUUGCUUGCCCCUCAACCCCCAACCAUGCAAUAUCCACAUGUUGGAUGAUUUCAACCCCCCUCUCCUCCCUCUCCCUCCCUGUGCUUUCAUGUUGUCUGUACCAUUGUCAUUUAAAAAUAAAUCACUCUUACAAAAAAAAAAAAAAAAA